CUUGCGCUUAGACGUAAAACGCGCCAUUUGCUAAACAUUAGUUCGUCAUGGCGAUGAUAAACUUUUCACGAGAUUAAGUUUUCGUGAUAAAGAGGCCUAUAUUACAAGAAACUGUUUAUUUGUAUUGUGAUAUCUGCCACAAUACUUGCAACGCAACAAUGGGUACAAAUAUUAAAGAAGACUUUUCAGAAUCAAAAGAUUACGUCGCGAAAACUGAAGAGUUUGAUGAUCUGACAGAGGACAUGUUUGAUGGAAAUGAAAAAUUGUGCAGUUCUGAACCUCUGGAGGAUGCUUUAUUGGCUAAUCCAGACAACUGUGGCAUGUGUGGUGAUCAUUUGGUGGUUCCUAGGAUGUUACACUGUUUACAUGUGUACUGCGAAGAGUGCUUGGAUAAAAAACUAGUGGGAGAAGCAGGUGACUCUGGUACCCCUAAUGCUACUAUAUCUUGUCCGACUUGCAAUCACGUAACUAAAGUUGGUACGAAAAAGUUGGCUGCUCUACCCUUGGAUGUAACAAAAACUAACAUCUCUGACGUAUCUAAUUCGUCAAGUCUACAUUGCACUUCAUGCACAGCCAAAGAGGUAGCGAAAUCUAGAUGCAGCACCUGUCACAAUCUGCUAUGUAACAACUGUGACUCGGCUCAUCAUUAUAUGCGAUGCUUCGAGUCCCACAAAGUGGUCGCUUUAGAUGAUAUGCGAAAAGACGGCACUAGAAUUACUAUACAUAAGCCUUUGGAAUGCGAUUUACACCCCGGUGAAAAUAUUAUUUAUAACUGCACUAUUUGUAAUGUCACUGCUUGCGGAGAAUGCAUUAAAUCUGAACAUAAGGGUCACCAAUGCGAGGGGAUAUUAGAUUCGGAAACUAGAGUUCGCCAAGAGAUUGAAGUCUUACUUGCAAAAAGCAAAGAAAGAAUUGAACAGUUGAUGAAAACUUCUACCGGCUUAAAUAGUAACAUGGAGGAAUUAGCCCAUCAGCGCUCUACGGCUAGAGACCUUAUCAAUGAAUCAUAUCAAAGCUACAAAGCUGUACUUGAAAAAUGUAGGGAUGAUGCUUUGGAAGAAUUAAAUAAACUAUAUCACGAGCGGGAAUUGAAGAUAAUGAAGGAAACAGAUGAACUGGGCAAAACCAUUGACAACUUCGAGGAUGCCUGUAAAUAUACAUCACGUUUAUUAGAGAAUGGAACAGUACCUGAAAUGAUGUAUUUACGAAAAAUCGUUACCUCACGGCUGUUGUCACUAAACAGUAAAACCCCAAAAUUGGAGAAUAUCUUCAAUAUUGAGUUCAAAUCCGAUUUCUCUAAUUUUGAACAAGUGGUGAAAGAACAAUUUGGUAAAUUUACCACUGAAAGCAAUAAUAUUUCGAAAACAUCUAGCCCUGCUUCAGUUAUUCCCGAUUUAACUCCGCUAACCAUCAACGGAACGUGUUUACCACAAGCAGCACCAGUAGCAGCAGCAUCAGCGGUUAUCACAAAUGGAUGCACUGUGCCACCUGUCACCAACGGAAGCCCUAUUUCAAUGCCUACUUCUAUGCAGUCAUCUUUCGAAGGCGACCUGGGCAAUAACUUACAAAAUUUCUCCAUAGCUCAGAGCCCUCCUUUACCUCAUGUCAAUUCUACUGCUCUUCAGGGCUUUUCCAGUAUUGCCGAAUAUAAUUUGGCGCAGCUUGCAACAUUGGCUGAAACAACUGGUAGUGCUGCCACUUCUCCAACCCCAACACCGUUUAACUUGGCAGAUUUACUGACCAACGAUACUGCCUAUAAAAAUCUGGCCUCACUUGCCAAGUUGGGCCUUUCUGCUGCUGAUAAUAGCUUACCAAAUGGAAAUAAUAUGCUAGUGCGUUCGACUUCGUCAGCAUCAUUGAAUUUAACAAACAACCUUAUAAAUGGCUUUGGCGGUGUAUCCACGUCAACUUCUCCCUUAUUGUCCACUCCCGAUGAUAUUAUUCCCGACCCUAUGACCACUAUUCUCCCUCCCACAGGAACAUCCAACAAUCCUACCGUGCCGCGCACUAACAAAGUCAGUCCGAUGCAGAUUCGUUGCAAAUUUGGCCAGUUGGGACCUAGCAAAGGACAGUUCAACUCCCCCCAUGGAUUCUGCUUGGGCCUCGAGGAAGAUAUUAUUGUUGCCGAUACCAACAACCACCGUAUUCAGAUAUUUGAGAAAACCGGAACCUUCAAGUUCCAAUUCGGAAUACCAGGAAAAGACGAAGGCCAGCUCUGGUAUCCCCGUAAAGUGGCCGUUAUGAGAACGACUGGAAAGUAUGUGGUUUGCGACCGUGGAAAUGAACGUUCUCGCAUGCAGAUCUUUACAAAGAAUGGACAUUUCCUGAAGAAGAUAGCCAUACGUUACAUAGAUAUCGUCGCCGGACUGGCAGUCACCAGUCACGGUGAGAUCGUGGCAGUGGACAGUGUCAGUCCAACGGUAUUCAUUAUCGGGGAGAGCGGUGAUCUUUUGAGAUGGUUCGAUUGCAGCGAUUACAUGAGGGAACCCUCUGAUAUAGCCAUUCACGGCAAGGAAUUUUACGUUUGUGACUUCAAAGGUCAUAAUGUAGUCGUGUUCAGCGAGGAUGGUCAUUAUUUGCGCAGGAUCGGUUGCGAAAAUUUGACCAAUUUCCCUAACGGCAUCGACAUUUCCGAUGCAGGCGAUGUUUUGAUUGGUGAUUCCCACGGAAACCGCUUCCACGUUGCGGUAUUUUCACGUGAUGGGUCGCUUAUCUCUGAGUUUGAGUGCCCAUACGUUAAGGUAUCCAGGUGCUGCGGCUUGAAGAUAACAUCAGAAGGCUACGUCGUGACUCUCGCAAAGAAUAAUCAUCAUGUGCUGGUUUUGAACACUCUGUAUAUCCUGUAAAGCCCCAUGCAAGUAGAUUUGAUCUCGCACUGUACACAGUACUGAACUGAUUUUAUUUUAUAUAAGUAGUUUAAUUAUUUUUUAUUCGUUUUGAAUUUUUUAUUAAGUGUUUUAAAGUUUCCAAACAGUUUUAUUUACGUACGUAGUGGUACUGCAUACUUAGAGAUAUAUUUUCUUUAUUUUUUAAGAGAAACAAAUUAUUUUUGUUUUGACUUAUCCAAAAUUGAUUCUUUAGCGGCAGGCAAAAUAUGGUUCCUAAUAUUUAGUUCUUAUAUUAAGGCGUCAAUUAGUACUAUUUUUUGAUUGUUUGGAGUGCUGAACGUGCCAAGAUUAACAAUUACUUAUAGGUCUUACGUGCUAUUGUUGAUUUUUAGUUUUAUAUUUUUUUUUUUGUUUUUGUGUGCUUGUCACAAUGCGUGUGUGGUUCUGUGAGUGGCUUUCGUAUUUUCGUUUCUCGUCAACUUGGGAAAAUUUCACAAAAAUUCGCUACACACUUUUGUCCUUAAUUUCGUUUCUUAUACCGUUGAUUUACGAUGUUGUCGUCUCAUUGGAGUUCAGUUUGGUUCGAGUUGGAGGGAGAGUUUAAUUUAAAAUGAUUUUGUGAGUGACAUUUUAUUUUCAUAUAGUUUUCUCUGGAAAGUGAUUCCGAUCCUCUCUUCAACGAUUUACGUUACUACUGUAUCGAAGCUCAAGUGAAACGAACAACUGUAUAUAAUUUUUUGCGUUACUUUUUAACUUACGAAUCGAUUGUAAAAUUUUCGUUUUGGCCUAUUUACGCGUUUGUUUCGGUAAAUUCGCCCUUUUUUUGAGAAAUUUUCUUAGGCUUACGUGUAUACUCAGGUUGGAUAGCGUUUCCUCACGGCGUGUCGCCGUGAACAGUGCCAUGUAGGUUAGGACCUAAGGUUGCAGCCUAACAGCUAGCUUUUGUGAUUCUGUAACAAUCUGAAAGUUGCCACUAAAUUCCAAUUACGAGUGUGUGUGUGUUCUUCUGAAACUCACCGUCGCGCGGGCUGAAUAAUUUACGUGCCCGCCGCGUCCGGUAAACCAUGCCUGUGAUAAUAGUAUCUUCAGGAUAAGUUGUGACCUUAGUCUCUUGUUGUUAUUUUGUGUGCCGCGCGUCUGCCGCUUGUUUUUCGGCGGUUCCGCGUGCCACAAGUGGUUUUUAAAAUUAUAUGUAUAUAAUUAAUUAUAUAAACAAAAAAUACAAAAAAAAACUCGAAUUUUAAGGCAGAUUGUUUAUGUAUUUAAAAAUAAUCGUAUCUUAUACACUAUUUAUUGUCCGAUGAGGAGAAACUGUCUAUCUUUGGGGGAGCCGUACCUAUGAUUCGUACCGUUUUAGGUAUAUGUACAAAAUUUGCGAUUUGUCAAACGCGUCGAGAUGUCUCGUACAGGAGGUGCUGUUUUCUCGCGUCUAGCUAAUGGUUAUUCGUUUUUGUUAGUCCCGUUUCUGUUUUAUAGAAAAAGACGGCUUUGUGUUAAUUUUUAUUUGGGAUAACAGCGCGCCCUGUCUGCAAUCAAACAUUUGGAAUCGUAAUGUGUAAAUACGUUUAAUUUAGUAAAAUAUAGUUCAAAUAUAGGUGGAGAUUUACUUCGUUCUCGCUCCUGCUUGCGUAAUCGAUUUGUUAAAUUUAUUUUAUUACAGAGAUAUAUGUUUAUUUUUUUGUGUAUAUAGUUGUUUUUUGUUUGCCAAUGCAAGGGUUGCGUUUCACAAAAGGGAUAUAUCUUAAGACGAACUAGCGAAGGUGGGCAGUUUCUUUCCGAGGAUUUUGUUCUUCAAAAUUAUAUGUGAUGUCAAUAAUCUCACAAUUUAACAAAUAUUCGAUAGUCUUAUAUUUACUAGGUAGUUUUUUAUUUAUUUACCAAAUAUUAUUUAACUUUUGAUAAGUAAGUUGUCACAUAUUAACUUUAUUGAGUAGUAUGGCUAUAGUGAUACUUCGUAUAUAUAUAUUGCAUUUGCUCACAUUUUCUUGAAGAGUUAGGUUAUCUAUUUCCCUCUCGAAUUGUAACGACAAAUUUAUAUUUCUCCCGACGGGGAAGUAGGUACACGCCAAUUGAGAGAAAUUUACAAAAUUAAUUUUCAAUUUAAAAUUAAUAUAUUAUCAAUGUGAUAGAUUUUUCGAUGAUUUUUACAAUCACAAGUCUUAGUGUAUUUACCAAGUGUUUUUUAGAUACUCGUAUACCAGUAAUUUUUGCCAUAAUAUUUAUACAUGACUAAAAAGCUGACUUUUUCUCAGUUUCCUGUUGAGUAUCAUAAAUAUACAUAUAUACAUAUACAUUAAACAUAUAUUAUCCCACCAAUAUUCAUUAGCAAUAAGUAUUUUCAGUCAGUAUUGGAGUGAAGAAUUUUAUCAUUCCAUUAGCAGCGCUAUAUUGGAUGCUGCCGAACGUUUAUUUGUUUUUUUGUAUUAUUUUUUCCUUAGAUGGUAGUGUAGUUUAGACAGUAUAGAAUACUUGUUCGGUCCCGGCGAGUUCGAAAAAUAUCAAAGUUUCCUUUUCACAGUAACGUUAUGAAAUACUUUUUUGUCAGUAUUGCAUUAGGCAAAAAUGAAGUUGGUUCGGGUGAUAUUUCAUUCUCGAUAAUUAUCUCAUUGGAACAUUAACAGAACAGAAAAUGCAAGCAGACUAAAAAAAUGUCAUGCCAGAUUGAUAUUAAGAUAAAAAAUGGACAGAUUCACCUCAAACUUCUUAGAUAAAAUGCUUAAUUGUUUACAUUUUGCAUUUCUCUAAAUUUGAAAAAAAAAGAAAUAAGUUUCAAGUUCAUAUAUUCAAUAUUUUGGUGACCCAGAGACGCUGAAAUGCUUAAACCAGCAACUAACUUGCUUUUAUACAAAAAUCUCUCCUACUGAGGUAUAGCUGUCUCAGUGUGAUAAAGUCACGCGACAUUUUUUCAUAUAACUAAAAAAAAUUUAAUUAUAGGCUUCUUAUUAUUUGAGUCUGGUGCAUCACUAGCACAUGUAAGAAAAUUAUAUACAAGGUGUUACUUAUUUAUUUUUGAGAUUGCCACGCUCAUGGCCAACCUACAAUUUUUUUUAUGUCCAUCUAUGGCCAUCUAAAUUAAAUGUAAUACAAAAUUUCAUUCAAAAUGCUUUAUCUCUUGUAAAAUAUAGAUAUCCUGUGUGAACUACUUGUAAAAUAAUGGUGUUAAUUGAAAAAGAUGAUGUUCCAUACUAAUAUUUGGAGAAACUAUUUUAUACAUAAAAAUAACAAACAAAAGUAUUUCCUAGAAUUUUUCCUAUAACAAUUCGAAAGAUGUAUUUAGUUUACUUUUUCAUUUUGCUUUUUACUCAUUAAAAACUUUAAAAGGAAGUUUUGUACUAUAAAAUGACAGGUAUAAAGAGUUAUUGAAGUUGUUAAUGAAGUGAGAAUCCCAAAUACACUGUAUACAGGGUAUAACAAAAGAACCGAAAUAGCAGAAUAACUCGGCAGGAGAG